GCAAAGAAGGCCCAGGUGAUACCCACUGCCACACCCCAUCUGCAAACCCCCUCCCUUUUUUCCCCCUAAACCCACUAUAAAUACCAACUCUAAUCCCACCAUUCUCUCCAAAGCUAAUUUUCACUUCUCUCAGUUUCUCUCCAAAAAAAAAAAAAAACACACAACUCUUUACUCAAGCUCUUUCUUCCCCCCUUUCUCUGUUACAACACUUAAGAAGGAAAGGGGAUUUUCUUUUACAGCAAAAUCAAAUGGCUUCUUCCGGUGUCGUCGUUGUGAAUCCUCCGCCGAGCUUCUACCUCGACGAGAAAUGGAAGCUCUCGAAGAAGGAGAGCUUGUCCCGGAGCCGAUCGUCGUCGUUUCCUCUGGUGAAGAACAAUUCUUCGUCGUCGUCGUCGGCGGCGUCGCGGAGGAGGUGCUCGUUCACGAGAAAGUGUGCGAGGCUGGUGAAGGAGCAGAGGGCUCGCUUCUACAUCAUGAGGCGCUGCGUCACCAUGCUCAUCUGCUGGCGCGAUUACAGCGAUUCCUGAACGCAGAUGUAGUGAGAGAAAGUCCAAAUAUCUAGAGAGAGAAAGCGAUGGCUUCCCGCUUCUGUCUGUUCCUCUUUCUCUCUCUCUCUCUCUCUCUGUCCUUGUUUCAAUCCGGUGAUAUCUUUUUGGGGAGGGUUUUUUGCUUGCGUAGUUCUUCGUUUUGGCGUUUUCUGUCUCGACGAGAAGAGAAACGGAAAGAAGAAGAAAUGAUGAUGAUGAAGAAGAGAAGAGAGAGAGAGA